CUUUUGCUUCUUGCAUUCCAUUGUGUUGAAGAAGAAUGGGAAUCUGCUUUAAAUCAUGAUUCUGUUGGACUGGAGUCAAGUUCAGAUGCAUUCAGCUACGAUGUGUUCCUCAGCUUCAGAGGCUUAGACACACGCUAUGGUUUUACGGGCUAUCUCUACAAAGCUCUUCAUGACAGUGGAAUCCACACUUUCAUUGAUGAUGAAAACCUUCAGAGAGGAGAGGAAGUUACACCAACAACUGUGAAAGCAAUUAAAGAGUCCAGGAUUGCUAUCACUGUGCUUUCUGUAAACUAUGCUUCUUCCACCUGUUGCUUUGAUGAACUUGCAACCAUUCUUGACUGCCUUAAGAGAAAAAGACUUCUGGUUUUACCAGUCUUUUAUUAUGUGGAUCCUACACUGGUGCAAUUGCAGAAAGGCAGUUUUGGAGAAGCCUUGACUAAACAUGAGAAGAGGCUCAAGCAUGACAUGGAAAAGUUGUUGAAAUGGAAGAUGCUUCUUCAUCAAGUAGCUAAGUUGUUUUUCUUUCACAUCGACCAUCGGAAUGCAUAUGAAUAUGAGUUUAUUGGGAAGAUUGUGGAGUGGGUCUCCAAGAAGAUUAAUCCUGGUCAUUACCCAGUUGGAAUAGAGUCAAAAGUGCAAGAUGUAAUGAAACUUUUGGAUGUUGGAUGUGAUGGUGGUGUCCACAUGAUAGGGAUUCAUGGAAUUGGCGGGGUUGGGAAAUCAACUCUUGCCAAAGAAGUUUAUAAUGAUUUGAUUUCGUACAAGUUUGAUGCUUCAUGUUUUAUUGAAAACGUGAGAGAAAAAUCAAACAAGCAUGGGUUACAAUACCUUCAAAGCAUCAUUCUUCUGAAUUUACUUGGAGAGAAGGACAUGAAGUUAACAAGUGUGCAACAAGGAAUUUCAGUGAUACAACGUAGGCUUCAGAAAAAGAAGGUUCUCUUGAUUCUAGAUGAUGUUGACAAGGAGGAGCAAUUGCAGGCAGUUGUUGGAAGAGCUGAUUGGUUUGGUCCUGGCAGCAGAGUCAUAAUCACAACACGAGAUGAACAGCUGUUAGCCUCCCAUAAUGUUCAAACAACUUAUGAGGUGAAGGGAUUAAAUAACAAUGAUGCUCUUCAAUUGCUUAAAUGGAAAGCUUUUAAAAAGCAUUACUUUGAUCCAAGUUAUGAGGAUCUCCUGAAUCAUGUAGUAACUUUUGCUGCUGGCAUUCCAUUAGCAUUGGAAGUAAUAGGUUCCAACUUGUAUGGAAAAAGUGUAGAAGAAUGGAAACCAGUCAUCCAUAAAUUAAAAAAAUGUCCUAAUAAUCCGGUUGAAACAAUACUUAAAGCAAGCUUUGAUUCUUUGGAGGAAAAAGAAAAGAGUGUUUUUCUUGACUUUGCUUGUUGCUUCAAAGGAUAUGAAUUGGCAGAGGUCGAAGAUAUACUUCAAGCUCAGUAUGGUCAGAACAUGAAGUGUUACAUUGACAUAUUGGUUGACAAAUCUCUAGUAAAGCUUAUUCAUGGUACAAAACCUUGUUAUGAUAGAGUUACAUUUCAUGACUUGAUUGAGGACAUGGGUAAAGAUAUUGUCCGACAGGAAUCAUUGAUAGAGCCAGGUGAGCGUAGCAGGUUAUGGUUACUGGAAGAUGUUAGAGAAGUUUUAGAAAACAACAGGGGAACUACCAAAACUGAAAUCAUAUGUCUGGAUUUCCCCAUAUUUGAUCAAGAAGAAGUAGUAGAAUGGGAUGGAAAGGCCUUCCAGAAUAUGCAGAACCUCAGAACACUUAUUAUUAGAAAUGGUAGUUUUUCGAAAGGUCCAGAAUAUCUACCAGAUAAUUUGAGAGUGCUUGAAUGGUGGAGAUAUCCGUCAAAUAGUUUACCAUCUGAUUUUCAUCCAAAGGAACUUGCCCUAUGCAAGUUACCCUGCAGUAGUAUUUCGACAAUUGAGUUGAUAAACUUAUUGAAGAAGUUGGUGAAUCUAAGAGUUUUGAAAUUCUCAAAUGCAAAUGUUUAACCAAGAUACCUGACAUAUCUGGCUUCCAAGUGUGGAGAAACUUUCAUUUGAAUAUUGUCCGAAUUUAAUUACAUGGUUUUCUGUAUAAGCUUAAAAUAUUGAGUGCUUUGGUUGCACCAAGAUUAGGACUUUUCCACUCAUCAAGCUGACCUCUCUUGAAUCCUCCACUUUAAUGCUGUUAUAUCUUGAGACCUCUCCAUAAAUAUAAGAAAAAUAUGG